AUGCUCGUGAAGCAAGAGUUUGACAGGUUUACACAAGAUUGGGAUGGUGUUAAUGCGGGUAAAGAACCUGGUGCCUGGAUCUCCCACAAGCUAUGUAUCGGACAGCCACCAUCCCACGUCUUCCUACGUGGUUCUAAGGAACACGCCGCCAUCGUGACAUUCUACAAGAAAUCUUUUGAGACCCUGAGAUGCCGGUUCACUACGAAAAUAGUCAUCACCGUUCGCUACUCUGGUGGGCUGCCCGAGGAUUUCCUUAGCGAUUUCAACCUCACAUUCUGGCCCUCAAAUCGAGAGAAAGAUGGCUUCAAACUCCAACUUGGUGCAUUCGAGGCGGAGGAUAUUCAGUAUGCAAUUCUUUAUUUCGAGUCGGCAAAGCUUAUGCAUCGUCUUGAUGACCAUUGUCGUAUCAGAGAGAUUUCGGAUGCGGGGUGGAAGGUAGUGUCAGCAAGGGAUGACGUCGUUACGUUGAAUGAGGAGGCUAUAUCAGAGCGCGAUUUAUUGAGAGAGCGUACUUUCUCUACUAUUCAGGAUGAUUUAAAUGUGUUCUGA